AUGUAUGGACAAGUGUUGGAAGGGAUGGCCGCGCUCAACUACAAAACCGACGAUAGCAGCGGCAUGGUAUUUCUGUCUGGGAACUCCCAUCCGGAACUUUCACGGCUAGUUUCGGAUCGGCUAGGUAUUCGUCAGGGUGAAGUGAUCGUUUAUAACAAGACAAAUAGAGAAACUUCUGUCGACAUCAAGCAAUCAGUGCGUGGGAAGCAUGUUUUUAUUCUUCAGAGUGGCUCGAAGAACGUAAAUAAUGACGUAAUGGAAUUGCUGAUUCUUAUUUACGCAUGCAAGACGUCGAUGUCAAAGACGAUCACUGUAAUGAUGCCGUAUCUGCCGUACUCGAAACAGUGCCGAAUGCUUCGUCGGUCAUCGAUUCCCAUGAAGCUCAUUGCCGAGAUGAUCUGUCGUGCGGGUGCGUCACGACUGGUGUCUUUGGAUCUCUACAAAAAAGAAAUUCAAGGAUUCUUUUCAAUUCCUGUAGAUAAUCUCCGUGCGUCACCGUUCCUUCUUCAAUACAUCAAGGAAUAUAUUCCUGAUUAUAAGAAUGCGAUUAUCGUUGCGAAAUCCCCUGGUGUAAUGAACAAGGCGACUUCAUAUGCUGAUCGACUUCGACUUGGUGUUGCGGUGAUCCACGGCGAACAGAAGGAUUCCGAAGAGUCGGGUCUCGAGGAUGGCCGGCAGAGUCCACCGCCAAAUUAUGCACCGUUCGAGCUAUUUCCGUCCCAGGAACCAAAGCAGAAACCUCCUUUGACUGUGGUCGGAGAUGUUGGAGGACGUAUUGCCAUAAUGGUGGAUGACAUCAUUGAUGAUGCCCAAUCGUUCGUGGCUGCUGCCGAAGUGUUGAAAACUCGUGGAGCAUACAAGAUCUAUGUUAUUGCUACUCAUGGUGUACUAAGCUCGGAUGCUCCAGCUCUUCUCGAAGCCUCACCGAUCACUCAGGUCAUCGUCACGAACACUGUACCACAUGAAGUACAGAAGAUGCGCUGUCACAAGAUUAAGACAGUCGACAUCUCGCUGAUGCUUUGUGAAGCAGUUCGUCGUAUUUAUCACAAUGAGUCGAUGGGACAACUGUUCCGUGACAUUACUCUUGAUGACUAG